UCCUUCUCCGACACACUCAAACACACACCCUCCACCCCCAUCGCUGCAGUGUCUCAACUGCCUUGGAGCAAGCAAGAGAGGAUACAGAACACAGACGGUUAGAAGACAGAGGAAGAGGGCCGCUGAAAGAGACGCACACAGACAGACAGAGAGAGAGAGAGAGAAAGAGUGAGAGGCAUACUUUGUGUGUGCAGUGAAAAUGAGGACGGCAUGAAGAUGAAGCAGAGGCACUGAAGGUGGAUUGCACUGAGCCUUCUCCUUUCCCUGCAAGGGCUUGUCUGCAGUAUCCUUUUGUAAACGGAUGCUGGCUUGAGAUCACGGCUUCCUGUCCUCUGGGAGAAAUCUAACGGAAGAAGAGGAGGAAAGGUUUUCAUCACCUGGAUCAAACAAAACUGGCUAAAUAUCGAACGGAGGUGCAUGGUUACAACACAGCACGAGAGCCAUGUGGGAGGAGAGUGACUGGGAUUUCACAUUCACGAGCAUCAAGUCCAAGUCUUUUCUCUACUGACAUACAGUAACCUUUCCCCAGCCUUUCACCAGUGCUUUUCCUCAGGGGGAGCCCCUGCUAUGAACCCCAGCUCUGUUGGCUUCAGCAGGCAGUCCGACCUCAGGGCCAGGGACUGUGUGGGCAUCCCACAAGUCUGGGUUCUGCCUACACAGAACUCACAGACUGCCCCUGAAGAAAAAGAAUGAAAUACUCCUGAGUCACUCCUGCGUGUGGUCCCUUUGCUGUCUCGUGUUAUCACUGAUUUCUUGUCUGGAUCCUUCACUGAAUCCUUUGCACUCUACAGAAAUAGUCUCCAGCUCCUCCACCGCCGCCACCACCACCUCCUAUUGAUCCACUUCUUCAUCAUAAUUUGCUUUCCCAUCCAGAGGCAGCACGAGUUCCUUUGUGCUAACGACGUGGUGGAGGACCAUGGGAUGCCGUCAGAGCUCGGAGGAGAAGGAAGCGGCUCGGCGCUCCAGGCGGAUCGACCGCCAUCUGCGCUCAGAGAGUCAGCGGCAACGGCGUGAGAUCAAGCUUCUCCUGCUGGGCACCAGCAACUCCGGAAAGAGCACCAUUGUUAAGCAGAUGAAAAUCAUUCACAGUGGUGGCUUCAACCUGGAAGCCUGCAAGGAGUACAAGCCUCUCAUCCUCUACAACGCCAUCGACUCUCUCACCCGCAUAAUCCGAGCCCUCACCACCCUUAAGAUUGACUUUCACAAUCCCGAUCGCGCCUACGACGCCGUUCAACUCUUCGCCCUCACGGGGCCGGCAGAGAGCAAAGGGGAGAUCACCCCAGAGCUGCUGGGGGUGAUGAAACGUCUGUGGGCAGACGCGGGGGUCCAGGAGUGCUUUCAGCGCUCCAACGAGUACCACUUAGAGGACAACACCGCCUACUACCUAAAUGACCUGGACCGCAUUUCCGCACCCGAGUACAUCCCCACUGUGGAGGACAUCCUGCGCUCCCGCGACAUGACCACAGGCAUCGUGGAGAACAAGUUCACCUUCAAGGAGCUCACUUUUAAGAUGGUGGAUGUGGGUGGACAGCGUUCGGAGAGAAAGAAGUGGAUUCACUGUUUUGAGGGCGUGACUGCAAUCAUAUUCUGUGUUGAGCUGAGUGGCUAUGAUCUAAAACUCUACGAGGACAACCAGACGAGCCGCAUGGCCGAGAGCUUGCGUCUGUUCGACUCCAUCUGCAACAACAACUGGUUCACCAACACAUCGCUCAUUCUCUUCCUCAACAAGAAGGACUUGCUGGCUGAGAAGAUUAAACGCAUUCCCUUGACAGUGUGCUUCCCAGACUACAAAGGCCAGAACACCUACGAAGAGGCGGCCGUCUACGUGCAGCGGCAGUUCGAGGACCUCAACCGCAACAAGGAGACCAAGGAGAUCUAUUCGCACUUCACCUGUGCCACCGACACCAGCAACAUCCAGUUUGUGUUCGAUGCCGUCACGGACGUGAUCAUCCAGAACAAUCUCAAGUAUAUUGGGCUAUGCUAGGACCUGACACUGGCUGGGAGGUGGGUUCAGGUGGGUUGUUGCAGCGGGAGAAAUGCAGGCAGCUCAGAGGCAGUUUGGCCCCCCACCGGUGGGCAAUGUGUUAGUCUGUCUGCUUUCGAGGACUUGCAGGAGAGAACUGGAGAUAAAAAUCUGUGUUAAGUCGGUCGGGUUGGACAAUGCUGUUGAGUCAACAGAGCUGCCGGGCCGUGGUUGAGGUGGGAGUUUUUACCCUAUGUGUUUGCACUGAAUUUAAGUAUGCAGAGACACCACACAUAAACACACACAUACAUCUUUAUGGUUUGUUCACACACAAGGUAUUUGGGUCAACGCUCCUUUGACAGAACGACACUGGAAAAUUCAAGACUACUCUUGUCAAACCUAAGAGUGAGAUCCAAAGUGUGUACUGGCAGUUUUUUUUCCCCUUUCUAUUAUUUGCCUGAGUCAAUUAAUGCUGUGUUAUGAUAUAUAAUCUUGACAAAUCAAUGCUGUUUUUUGGGGGGGUGGGAGGGAGGGAAGUCUUCACAUAUAGGAUACAGCGAGUGUACCUGAUGAGGUAUUCACCUUAAAUCUGUGUUUCUGAAGGGGAACAAAAGUCAGUUGAUAUGAUGUCACAGGGUUGCUUUCAAAAAGGAAACUGCCACGACC